AUGGGCCUUCCAAAUCAAAGCCCGGCAGACGCCGGCGCCACCUCCGACCGGCUGCCGGCCGACACGCCCUGCGCGCCCCAACCCAGCCGGCCGCCGUCCAAAAAAGUCAUUGACGACGACGACGACGACGCAGAGGCUGCAUGGGUGCAGGCGCCGGCGACUGAAGCCGCCGGCUACCUACAACAGCCCUCCUCCGUACUGGCAGGCGCUCCAACGGAGCUCACCCGCGUGGCGUCGGCGCCGUACACCGUCUUCUCGCGGCGGGCGCGGGUGGGCAUCACCGUAAUGGUGUCGUUUGCGAGCAUGGUGUCGCCCAUGACGUCCAAUAUCUACUUUCCCGCGCUCGACUCUGUCGCGCACGACUUGGGCGUGUCGCUGAGCCUCAUCAGCCUGACGCUGACGACGUACAUGGUCUUUCAGGGCAUCGCGCCGACGCUGCUCGGCGACUUUGGCGACAAGGCCGGCCGGCGCCCGGCCUACGCGCUCUCCUUCCUCGUCUUCCUCGGCGCCAACAUUGGGCUCGCGAUGCAGCGCGACUACGCCACGCUCAUGGUCCUGCGGUGCCUGCAGGCGGCCGGCAGCAGCGGCACGCUGGCGCUCGGCUACGGCGUCGUGGCCGAUCUCGCGCCGCGGUCCACGCGCGGCAAGUACAUGGGCUACCUCGGCGCCGCCAUCAACGUCGGCCCGACGCUGGGGCCGUUCCUCGGCGGCGUGCUGUCGCAGACGCUCGGUUGGCCCUCCAUCUUUUGGUUCCUCGCCAUCUUCGUCGCCGCGUUUCUGAUCCCCUGGGUGCUCUUUGCGCCCGAGACGGGCCGCAACGUCGUCGGCAACGGCUCCUACGCCGCGCAGAAAUGGAACCGCCCGCUGGUGCCCUGUUCCAGAGACCGCAGGCCCAAGGAGGAGAUGCCGGCGUCGCAGAGACCCCAGCUCUCCAUCCCGAACCCGCUCAGCACCCUCACCAUGGUGUUUGAAAAGGAAAUGGGCUGCAUUCUGCUGAUUGCGGCCGUGAUUUACCUGUGCUUCAUCUUGGUCGCCGCCACAAUGGGGACCCUCCUCAAAGAAAUCUACCACUACGAUGAUUUGCAGGUUGGGCUAUGCUAUCUGCCGUAUGGAUUGGGCUGCUGCGUCACGUCGGUUGUCCAGGGCUACGCACAAAAUUGGAACUAUCGCAGAAUCGCCAACAAGGUGGGAUUCGAUCUCAAGUCCAAAGAGAAUGGCGACAAGUUCCCUAUCGAAAGGGCCAGACUGCAGCUCAUUUAUCCAUCCAUGCUGGUAGGGGCGGCGGCGUUGAUAGGAUACGGAUGGGCGCUGCAAAUGGAAACCUCGGUAGCGGUCCCACUGGUCAUGGUCUUCAUUAUCGGCAUGAUGAUUCCGACAUCGCUCAAUAUGAUUACAACGCUCAUGGUUGAUCUCUUUCCCGAGGCGCCGGCCAGUGCGGCGGCUGCCAAUAACCUGGUGCGCUGCCUGUUUGGUGCGGCGGCAACUGCUAUCAUUACCUACAUGCUCAACGGUUUGGGGCGAGGCUGGUGCUUUACGAUUUUGGCAUUUCUCAUGUUCGCUUGCGUGCCGUGGGUUCUAUAUAUCGAAAAGGUCGGGCCGCGAUGGCGUGCAGAGAAGCGCCAGCGGCAAGAACAAAGAAAGCUCAAGGAAUCGCUAUGA